AUGACUGAACCGCUCUCCAAGGUCGAUUCCGCCGUCCAGGGCUUGUCGUCGUCGCCGCCCAAGGAGAAGGGCCAUAGGAGGCAAAGCUCCAGCGCGACCGGUGUGAUGAACAUCAAUGAUCUCGAGAAGGAGAAGAUUGAGAUUGAGCUUCCUGUCGAGACACAAAAAACGGGCUGGAAGAUCAACUCGAGCCCCAUGACAAUCGAUGACCCGGCCAUCCUCAAGAUUCCCCUGACCAAGCCUCCGGUCAAGAAGAUUGACCUGCACUUCCCACUGGGCAUGGAGGUCACGGCAAGAAAUCUCAAGGGCGUUACCAUCAAGGAUGCGAUGGACGCGAUUUACAAGGCGUACAAGAAGCGGGCCGACGAUGAGCUGGACAACCCGUACCUGGCCGGGUUCGAGUGGGAUAAGGAGGAGUCGUGGACACGGUUGGUCGUCCACCUCCAGAAGCAGCCCACGUCCGGCGGCGGUGGCGGCGGCGGUGGCAAGAAGAAGAAGAACAAGAAGGAGGAAGAGUAA